AAUUCAAUAAUUCUUUUUACCCAAUAAUUCAUCCAACAACUUAAACUAAAAAAAUUGAUUUGAUAAGAAAAGUGAAAUAUAUUACUCCUAUUUUUUUACUUGAAAAAAAUAAUGUUGCUCUGUAGAAGCUUGUCUGCUUCUCCCUUCUUUCUUGGGCGAAUUAUUGGAAGCACCCUCAAAUUUCUAAAUUCUCCUUGUCACAAUCUCCACUCAGGUUUUAUUGGGUGUUUAGAGAAAAUGGGUGAUGAACAGCAAGUGACUAAAGUGUUGUUUUGUGGGCAGCAAUUUAUUGCUUCUUAUUUGUAUACUAAAGAAUAUUUGAGUCAAUAUUCUCAUGUUCAGGUUGAUGAUGUUCCACUAAGUGAUGUGCCCAAAAUUAUUGGAAACUACCACAUGAUCAUUCCUAGGAUGAUGCGACUAGACUCAAAUAUUAUUUCUUAUGCAAAACAAAUGAAGCUCAUAUUACAGUUUGGUGUUGGCUUAGAAGGUGUUGAUGUGGAUGCAGCCACAAAACAUGGAAUUAGAGUUGCUAGAAUUCCAGCAGAUGGCACUGGAAAUGCCAGCUCAUGUGCUGAGAUGGCAAUAUAUUUGAUUUUGGGACUCUUACGAAAGCAAAAGGAGAUGGAGAUCUCAAUAAAAAGGAAAAAGCUUGGCGAACCUGCUGGUGAAACUUUAUUUGGGAAAACUGUGUUCAUUUUGGGGUUCGGGAAUAUUGGUUGUGAAUUGGCAAAACGGUUGAAGCCAUUUGACGUUAAAAUCCUUGCAACAAAACGUAGUUGGGCCUCUCAUCAACAGAAUGGCUCAUUGGGUGCAAAUGAUUCUGUUGCUGAUCUUGUUGAUGAGAAGGGAAGCCAUAAUGAUAUAUAUAAGUAUGCAAGCAUGGCAGACAUAGUUGUUUGUUGCCUUAAUAUGAACCGUGAGACGGCUGGUAUCGUAAACCAUACAUUCAUACAAUCCAUGAAAAAGGGAGCUUAUCUUAUCAAUAUUGCACGUGGGGGUCUUCUAGAUUACGGUGCUGUUGCUCAGAACCUCAAGUCUGGUUAUUUGGGAGGCUUGGGUAUUGACGUGGCUUGGACAGAGCCAUUCGAUCCGAAUGAUCCGAUUUUGCAGCUUCCAAAUGUUCUAAUCACACCUCAUGUUGCUGGGGUUACAGAAUACUCCUACAGGUCCAUGGCAAAGGUAGUUGGUGAUGCUGCUCUUCAACUCUCUGACCUGAGUACAAUCGCAGGAAUACAGUUUGUUAACUGAUUCAGCUCAUUAUCAAUUAUCAGGUAUAAGUUUCCCCGCACUUGACCAGCUUUAGGGAGAAUAGGGGAGUAUGAGAAUUAUUAAUGCACGUCAAUACGAGCUU